UCCACUGCUCUGUGAGCCAGGCAAAGAUAGUUUAUCUUCCUGCUUGACUGCCUACCAUGAAUUCUUGGAUCAGAAGGGACUGGAUUUGGGGACGGUUUGAUCCAUGGUCAUGACCAACCUAGACCUCAUGACAUCAACUUGAUCUGGAUACUUGAAAAAAAGGUGUGAAUGACUCGAGGUCACUAUGACACUGUCAAAUGGGAUCUUGAGUUUGAAAUAAAGGUGAGAGAAUAUCUCCAAGAGACAGCAUAUGGACUAAUCUUUGCAAUCCGUCUUCUCACCAUGUAUUCAAGUCUGCAUAGCCUCAUUCUACUGCUCUCCUGCCUGCACUAUGUGCAGGGGGAAAGAAUCCUAGGCGCAUAUAUUUUCCAAAGACAUGGCGAUCGGACUGCAAAGGCGAAUCCACCAACGCUUCUGACAGUGCUGGGAUACAAUGAAGUGUUCAUCACCGGUAGCUAUUUUCGUCGCCGAUAUCUCUCAUCAAGCUCCUCUCUUCAAAUCUCGGGAAUCAGCGAACAUAUCGUUAACCUGUCACAUAUCACUGCGUCCGCACCGGCCGAUACAGUCAUCCGGAAUAGUGCCACAGGCUGGCUCCAAGGUCUCUACCCCCCUGUUGGAACAGCGAUCGAGACUCUUCGAGACGGGUCAAUCGUCAACUCACCGAUGAAUGGAUACCAGCUCAUCCCUAUUUCCUCCGUUUCCAACGCAGGAGGAGGAAACAGUGAAAACUCUGCCUGGCUCCAGAGCACCAGUCGCUGUGAUAGAGCAAUGAGUAGCAGCAGCUCGUACCUCCAGAGCUCCAAAUACGAAUCCUUGUUCAACUCGACCACGGACUUUUAUCAGUCCUUGUCGCCGGUGCUGAGUAGCACGUUUAAUUCCUCUCAGAUGAGCUAUGAAAACGCUUACACCAUCUGGGACUACCUAAAUGUCGCCAUGAUCCACAACUCAUCCAGCAACUUCCCAUCGGCUGGCCUGGUGACCGACGAUGUCAAGCAAAAGCUUCGCCUUUUGGCCAGCAUUCACGAAUUUGACUUGGCAUAUAAUAGCUCUGAACAGAUCCGUGCCGUAGCCGGCGCCAUCCUUGCAGGCGAAGUACUCUCUGCACUGAACGAGACCGUCACAUCCGACAGCUCAUCCAAACUGCACGUCCAGUUUGGUGCGUAUGGCACUUUUCUUUCCUAUUUUGGUCUGACAGAGCUCCCUUUUGCCGACUCGGACUUUUAUGGAUUACCGGACUAUGCCUCGUCUAUGGUGUGGGAACUGGUGACCAAUUCCACGGAUGAGAGUUUUCCGGCAACGUCUGAGAUCAGCGUGCGCUUCCUGUUCCACAACGGCACCUUGGAUGGCAGUAUCGACCCGGUCGCUUUCCCCCUCUUCGGACAGUCAAGCACUCUGCUAUCAUGGUCCGAUUUUGUCAACUAUACCAAGAAUUUUGCGAUACUUUCUCAGGACCAGUGGUGUCAAGAGUGCGGAAACACAACGGGCAUCUGUGCGAACACUGUUACCACACCUGAUGGCAAGAGCGACUCUUCUGCAAGCACAAGCACCAGUCACAGGAGAAAUCCAUUGUCUUUGAGCGUUGCCGGUGUGAUUGGAGCAAUGGUCACCCUCGGCCUCAUCGCUAGCUUUGGAGCUUUAAGUCUGCUUUUCAACAAGCUGAGGCUCUCAAGCAAACAAGCAGGUACUUCUGAGCCCGCGCAAAAUUUCCCUGCUCUGCCUCGUAUUAGUGAAGAGUUUCGAAAGUUAGAUCCAAUCAGACUGGAUUGGAGACAUCCACGAGCAUAAGGUGCUCUGAAUGUCCAGUCUAGAUGGCAAGGGAAGACAGAUCGCAUCCCAGUCAAACGCUCAGUAUUCUGGUUAAUCUAUUCAAUCCGAAAAUUCUAAACAAAU